ACUCCAUGAACGUAGUGACACGUCGAGUUAUCUCGACCAAUCGUGUUGAGCCAACGUGCUCCACGAUCGAUUCUCUACGUGGCUGAAACAACAGAAAUACUAGUGCCCGCCUCAUUCGCUUACCCGCAUGGCUCACCGAGAGUCCGGAAACUUUCUCACUCUCGUUAAACAAGUGAGUGCGACAAGGACAGAUAGAUACAGUAUUACACAGUGGUAACUCGACCUCUCUCUUUCUCUCCCUCAGGUAACCUUGCCAUCGAUUAAGUAGCGAUUUCAGGUGAGAUUGCGUGUCCGUGUGCCGCCUGCGUGGCGCGCUCGGGCAUGUCUGGACAUGUCAGAAUGAAAAUGAAGAUGGCCGCCGAGGUGAGGUGGCUCGGCCCGGUUCUCACGUUUUCGUUAAUUUCGCUCAUUCUCGCAGAAACUCCUCAUCGCAAAUUCGAAUACAAGUUUUCCUUCAAGCCGCCAUACCUCGCACAAAAGGAUGGGAGUGUACCUUUCUGGGAAUACGGCGGAAAUGCCAUUGCCAGUUCCGAGAAUGUUAGAGUAGCUCCGUCUCUUAGGAGCCAAAAGGGUGCAAUAUGGACGAAGGAGAAAACGAACUUCGACUGGUGGGAAGUGGACCUUGUAUUUCGAGUCACUGGGCGAGGAAGGAUAGGUGCCGAUGGCUUAGCAUUUUGGUACACCGAAAAUAAAGGUGACUACGAUGGCACUGUAUUUGGCAGCUCCGAUCGAUGGAAUGGUCUUGGAAUUUUCUUUGACUCCUUUGACAAUGACAAUAAACACAAUAACCCAUAUAUCAUGGCUGUUAUCAACGACGGGACAAAGAACUUUGACCAUGCAAAUGAUGGCUCAACGCAGUUAUUAGCCGGUUGCUUAAGAGAUUUCAGGAACAAGCCAUUCCCUACUCGUGCAAAGAUAGAGUACUAUCGUAACACCUUAACGCUGUACUUCCAUAAUGGAAUGACAAAUGCGGAACAAGACUUUGAUAUAUGCAUGCGAGCAGAGAAUAUCGUGUUACCAAGAUACGGGUACUUUGGAGUCUCCGCAGCCACUGGUGGGCUGGCGGAUGAUCACGAUGUCUUACAUUUCUUGACAACGUCACUCCAUCCACCUGGCCAGAUCGCUUCAGAUGGUCGAAGGGCCACCAGCGAAGAAGAAGCGAAGCUGAGCCAAGAGUACCAAGACUACCAAAAGAAGCUUGAACAGCAGAAAGAGGAUUACCGAAGGGACCAUCCUGACGAGCGACAGCACAAGGAAAACGUAGACGAAUGGUACGAAACCGACAAUCAAAGGGAACUCCGUCAGAUCUUCUCCGGACAGAGCCAGAUGUUCGAUGCUCUGCGAGAACUCAGCAGAAAAUUGGACGAGGUUGUUGGUAGACAAGAGAGGACCCUCAGUCUAAUAUCGCAGAUCCAAGUUGGAGGAAUUCAAGCCACGGGUGGCCAGCCAGGACAGGUGCAGCUUAUCGAUACGAUUCGUAGACAAGAAGUGGAUGCUGUCUUGAAUAAUCAGAACGUCAUCUUGAACACUGCGAGAGAAAUUAAAUCCUUCGUCGGGGAGGUCCACUCGAAAGCUGACACUAUCCUUAACAAUCAAGCACGAGCUCCGACCGCUCAGGUCCAGCCGAUGGGCUACGACUACCAGUCGUUGAUUUCCGAGAUGCGAGACGGCCUCCACGUUGUUAAGAGGGACGUCGCACAGACGAACUCCAAGUUGGAAUCCGGAGCACUGAAUUGCCCGACCACCAGCUGCUUGAGCACGACGAUGUUCCUCGUGUUCCUGGCGGUCCAGAUGGUCAUUUUCUUGGGAUACAAUAUGUACAGAGACAAUAAGGAAGCACAAGCAAAGAAGUUCUACUAAGCCCUGGAACAAACGUUGGAAGCUGCACCCAGCGCCCGUGGUCACGAAAAUCAUGCGGUCCAAGGACCCUAAAAAUCAAAACCACGUCUCACCGCGUCGUCAGUGAUCGCCAUUUCUCAUUCUUCGUCGUUUCUUUUUCUCUCUCUAUUUUUUUUUCCCUUUUAACAAGAUCCUCGACAAGGGUGGACCUCGGCUCGUUAACGGCGACCCGCGUACUUGAGGGUCUCAAACCCAAGUACUUCAUAUUUCCCGAAACGGGAAACUUCAGAACUUUUAGAACGUCUUAAGGAACUAACCAAACGACUUCUGGUUAGGUUGAGACGCGCAAAUAAUUUUCUAUAAUUUUCCGGAAUUUAUAAUUAACGACCGAGGGAGAAACACCCGCGCCGCGAGCUUCAGUUCAUCACUUCGUCCUCGUUUACGACGAGGGCUGCGUUGUAGCGAUAUUAUUAAUUUCCACUUUUAUUUUCUUUUUUUAUUCUUCUCUUAAUCUAACCAUUAAUCAUUAGCGCGCCUCGUCGCGCAGCCUACAUAUGCAUAUAUUUUUUUACAUAGACCGUGGCCGGCGUUUCGCGUCGCCCCGUUGUCUCGCAGUCAGGUUGGCGCGCGGUUUAGUCUUUAUAUGUCUGUGGAUUUCCUUUUUCUAUUUUUCUCCUAUGUCGAGUCGUCCGUUGAAUGUCGUGCGCAUCACGAGCCUCGGAGAGGCGAGCUGCACUUCGUCGGAGGGAUUUUUAUCCGGUUUAUCCUCUUCCUCGUAGCCGUUGGGGGAGACCUUGAAGAGGGUCCACGACGGACAUGAGAGGACCGACGUCCUGGUGCUUUCAAAUCUCUGGUGUGUCGUCUUGUUGGGCGGGAGGACGUUUUCUAUGUCUCGGGCUCCUUUCCGAAGGACUGCCAUUAACCAGUCAGCUGUUGCGACUCACCAUUUGCCAUUUCCUCGUGACCGGUACACUUGUCAAAAACAGCUGACUGGUUAAGCGAGCACGAAUCGCCGGGACAUCCUGCCUCGUUCGGGCCCUGGCUUGAAAGUGAUCGUAAUAGUUUAUUAAAGAUUAUUGUAAAUCGAUGAGGUACGUACACGUGUCGCAAGGAAUAAAGCGGAAGGGGAUGGAAAGGUUGGUCCUGUUGUUGAAGGCGGAUCCGGAUCCCGUGUCCUGGGGCUCUCCUCUGGUUCCUUGAACUCAUACCUGGAAUAAUUCAUAUCUUUAUGGCUAUUGUAAUACAAUGAGAGUUACUUCAUUUUUUCACGUGGAUUACGUCGUACUGACCUGUUUCAUGGCUUUACACGAAUUAUUAAUUUAUUUUAUUUUCCUACAUGCAUUACGGCGUACAAAAUUAUUUCAUGGUUUAACAGGAAUGAUUAAUUUUUAUUUACAUGAAUUAUAACGCGGUGAAUUUUAUGACGCUGAAUAAGAGCGUGAUUAAUAAAGUAUGGGGAAUUUUUA